AUGUCUAGCUAUCCAUAUAUAUAUAUAUAUAUAUAUAUAUAUGCAUAUGAAUACGCUCCAGGGGCAGCUAUGCGAUUGGCUGCUGCUUGCGCCGUAAUUCUUUUCUUUGUUUGUUUUUCCAUCUUCUUUUGGUGCGUUGCACAAGUAGAAAAAUCUUGGAGCUCACAGACUCCAUUAAAAAAAAUGUGGAAUGCGAUUAGUUCCCUUGAGGCGCCGCCACUGGUGGGGCCAAAGAAGGUCGAUACACCAGCUGUUGUCGUUCUUGUGAGUGCAUGCGAGGAGCCGCCAGCCGUUUCGGAGGCGCACCUCGCUGAUGCUGCCCAAACUGACGCUGUAGUUACAGAAAAAAAGUCCGAUUUUUGCGAGGAACCGCCGACGCAGGCUGAUGUUGCUACACUCGGUGAUGCCUCAACAGAGUGGGAUGCGUUUUCCCGGCGUCGGUUGGGCAUUGCGUUCCACCGUGGAGCUGCAGUUUUACCGGGGUUCCCCGUUCUGCGGCGCGAGUUGCACGCUAACACGCCGCAUGACAGCCCCUCACUUCAAGUGGUGGACGUUGAUUUGUGGAACUCGUACUGGUCUGCGUUUUCCGAUCGCUUUGCCGCCCAAAUCGAUGAUUUGCAGGAAUACCUGAAAGCCCAUGAUGGGGAAAGUGAACGCCGACGCGUUCUGGUUGCAGCAUCGCUGGACGCGGAGCCAUACAUGGAGUCUUUUAAGUGCAGCCUCACUGCCCACGCCCGUUCAUUUGGAGCGCUGGAGCACGUGAGCAGGGAGCGCUGUGUUGUGAUGUUACAGUUUACCUCUCCUCGUUCCGCGGAGAUUUUUGCCGCGUGGGCCUUUUCGCUCACCCUGGAGGACAUUUUUACUGAGGCCGAUGCUUCUCAGCAAGCCAGCGCCCGCUGCCAGUUGCUGGUGCGUCUGAUUUCCCAUGAUGCUGGCAAGAUCACAUCAACGCUCAGGUGGGGAAGCAACAUUGUGCUUUCCACACCGUUUGUGGAAAGCCUGUUCAAGGGUGUCUUUGACGCCGUGAGCGUCACCUAUCAUGAUGGCUCUUUCCUGAUUCUUUUUGCGUCCGACUAUGCGGCAAAAACGGCCCUCCACUCUUUGCAGCGGUCGCUUCUGGAGGUGUUCGGGACGACGCUGAGCUUCUCAGGGCAGCAACCUGGGCUUGGUGGGAAAGGUUUUCUCAUGGAUAAAUUGGGCAGCGAGAGCUACUUGCCAAGAUAA